AUGACCCAGCUGUACAACACAUCAUCUGUUUUGGUGCUACCUGACUUUAAUCUCUCCACCGAGGCCGUCUUUCCUGCAUUUCUUUUUGCGUCUCUGAGCUACAUGAUCAUCUUUUUCUGUAACCUCAUCCUGAUCCUCACCAUCGUACUGAACAAAUCUCUGCAUCACCCCAUGUAUCUGAUCCUGCUGAACCUUCCUAUCCAUGACCUGAUAGGGGCCUCGGCUUUCUUCCCACAGUUCAUUAAGCAAAUCCUGACAGGCAGCAGGACGACGCAAUACUCCACCUGUGUGGCCCAGGCUUUUUUUAUCCACAUCUAUGCAGGAGGGACAGUGUUCACUCUGACUGCAAUGGCCUACGAUCGAUACAUUGCCAUAUGCUGUCCUCUGAAAUACAACUCAGUAAUGACUAAUGCUCACGUCAUGAGACUGAUCACAGGUGUGUGGGUGUGUAGUUUAGUCACUAUAGGUUUGCUUUUCAUUCUGCUGUUGCGUUUACCGCGCUGUCGGUAUGAAUUUACAAAUUCUUACUGUGACAAUCCCAGUCUGCUGUCUCUGGUCUGUGCUGACACCACCAUCAACAACAUCUAUGGGCUGUUCUUAGUGGCUAUCACACAGGUGAUCGCUAACGGGAUGAUUUUGUACACAUAUCUGCAGAUUCUUGUUGCAUGCUUCAGAUCCAAAGGUACAGACACAAAAGCGAAAGCUCUGCAGACGUGUGCAACACAUCUGGCUGUGUUUCUCCUGCUGGAAUGUCUGGGUCUUUUUACAAUCAUAUCUUACAGAAUACAGGGCAUUUCACCUCAACUCAGAAAGUUUUUAGGGAUGUGCACUCUAAUUUUCCCACCAACAUUGAAUCCAAUCAUCUAUGGACUGAGAACUCAAGAAAUUAGAGAAAAAUUCGUACACUUCAUCAAAAACAAAAUCCUCCCAUUUGGUGCGUUUUAA